GAGUGAAAUAAAUAUAGCUAUUGUCCAAACGAAAACGGCAUGAGAGACAAAAAAAACAAAGAUGAUGAAACCCACAACGAAAUCAAUCGAGAGAGUUGGUCGUUUCUUAAGGAAGAGCCUUGGGAGCAUCAAGUCCACUAUCUGCUUUGGCAAAUACCAAAACUUACCUAACAACAACACUCCACUCUUGAGCCCCUUCUCGUGCAGUCUUCACCGUAGCUGUCCACAAGAUUCCCAAACUGAAGAAACCUACAGCGUUAUCUCCUGCGAGAGCGCGGCUGUUGCAGAAACCAGAGAUGAGAGUCUCAUCAACAAGGUCCAACAUAAAAAGAAACCGAAGAAGAAGAAGGUUGCAGAGCCAUUGGAGGAGGCUAAGAGGAGAGGUGACAUGAUGGCGCAAAAGAUGAAAGAUUUCAACAUGGUGGAUCUUAGAGACGUGGAGCAUGCUUCGGAUGUACAGGAAGCGCUUAGAUGCUACUCAAGCAUUAGAAGCCCUGUGUACCUGGACAUUGUUGACAAUUUCUUCACUGACAUGUACUACGAGUUCUCUGAUCCACUCACAAAUUCUAGUAUCAAGGGUUCAAGGAGAAAAGCAGGCUCUUUCAGGCUCUAAGACCCCUCUGGAUCAGCUUUCUGUCAGGGCAGGGUGAAAGCAAUUUCUUUUAUAGUAUGCAGUUCUUAUCAAUUAAGCAGCUUUAAUACUUACAACUUCGCUAAGAAAGAAACGUGUCACCCUCAGUUACUACCUCA